AUGGAGAUCUUACAAGAGAAGUUCAGCAAGGAUCACCAUGAGGUGGAGUGGGACUCGAUGGCCUUGAUCAUGCACAUACUCAGUUUCAUGGACAGCGACCGCAAGGCUAGCGAGCUGGAGCCCAUUGUGGGGCUGGACGUCCCACCACCAGGUACCGAUGAGGCGCAUGACAAGGCAGGGACGGCGAAGAGGCGGAUGAGGAGGAAGCUGAAGGCACAGAGGAUGACGAGGCCGCGGGGAACGAGGAGGAAGAAGGCGAGGGGCAAGGAGAUGAAGAAAGGCGCUCCACCGAGCCGUAGUGGACGCCCGAGGGUGUGGUUCGGAGUGAGGAAGAGUAGAUGGGCGCCCUCCUUGCCCGUCUGUUCAUUAUUGCCUUGUUGUUUUCAAUUUCGAUCGUUGUAA